GGCCCUGUUCUGUCUGGAUCCAGAGCUUGCUGUGGCUUGAAGAAGCAGCUUUGACGUCUGUGAACGGUCCCCCCCCCCCCUUUGAGGGCAUUCGCUACCCACGUUCGUUUUCCGAAUCGCCCCUGGUCUGCUGCUCACGCUCCCUAUGACCAUUACAUCUCUUGCUCCACGAAAGGAGCUGCUGCCCUAAGUCGUUGUCCAUUAAACCACCCUCCGCCUGGCUCUUUCGUAGCACCAGUGCGAGAUCCGUCGUGCCCCUCGCCAACCGAUCGAUCGCUUCCAUCGAGCAAGAAAACCAUAAAGACAAAGAAAGAAUCAUCAUCUGUUCAGCGUAUUACCGCCACGGCCUGCCUGUUUCUCGCCUGCCUUGCACUUCUCCUCGUUGAAUACCGCAGCCAUGCCUGAAACACCGGCAGCCAAUGCCGAGGGCAACCAGCCCAAGGCUGCAAAGGACAAGAACUGCGAGUACUGCGGCCAGGCUUUCACGUCGUCUUCCCUCGGCCGACACCUUGAUCUCUACAUCAAAGAAAAGAACCCCAAGCCACCGGAUGGUAUCCACGACGUUGAUGCCAUCCGUAAGCUGCGCGGCAACAUCACUCGACGCCAGCCUCGAAGCUCAAUGGGUGCUCGAAGGGACAACUCGACGCCCGCGGGCACUCCCAAACCGACGCCUGGCAAAUUGACCCCUGGUCAAGAGUCUGCCAUGCAGAGGGACGGUCCAUACGCUGUUGGCUCAGGCGCCAUCAAAUACCCUUACGCUACUCCCUGGGAGGCCACUGGCGUGAUCAAUGAUAUUCAGGGUAGGGCUGCCUGGGAUAGCAAUGCAUCUCAUGAUGCCAAGCGUGCUGGUUUGUCGAGGAACGGUAGCAGGCAGCAGGCUCAGAAGGCUCAACUUGACGUCAAACAAAAGCUGACAGACGCCAUGGACACUGCCCGAGCUGCUGAACUGGCGCUCAGGGAGUUGCUUAGCUCUUGGCGAGCGGCAAAGCAACAGGUUGACGCCUUCACGACACCCUUUGACUUCGACCCCCUCUCCCUCGACUUUCCAGCCCUGACUCUGCAGUGCCUUCUGCCGCCACCAACUCUCUUCUCAUCCACUCAGCAUCCUACAUCGACAUCUUGGUCUGUGGAAUCACCUGGUGAGCGUGAAUAUGUCGCCCUCCAGGCGUUUUUCAAGGAAGAGUUCAAGGCGUGGAAGAUCACAUGCGCUUCAGCCACGACUGCCGCGAUGGAGGAGGUGGCAUACCCUCCGACUGGUGGACCGCACAGGGACAUGAGAGAAGCCGUCAAGAAGGCUGAGAGGGUAGCCGAGUCACUUGAAAAGCAUGUCAAUGAGCACCUGCAGUCUGCGUAUGCCGUCUGGAACAGCUUGCCUCUUCAACGGCAAAAUGAGCUGUGGAUUCUCGAGUUGGCACGCGGAGUGGGCCGUAAGCACAAGGAGAUGGAAAAGAUGAAGGAGCAGCAUCACAAGCUCAAGCAAGAAAACACUAACCUCCGAUCACACAUUGACCAGCUCAACCGUCUACAGCAGCCGAGGGAGUACAAGGUGCUGCCUCCCGCCACCAUUCCAUUGGAACGGGACGUACUUUCGUACGCCUAUGAGCAGAGUGCUAUGGGAGCCAAGCUUGUAGGCUUCGACAUUGAGGACCGGCACCUGGACUUGAGCACCGUUGUGGCCAAGUCGAUCGAUCGUUGGAAGAACGUGAUCGUCUCGAGUCGUGCUGCCGCUGCUGGCAUGUCUGCACAGCGACCUCUCGACCAGACAGUGGCUCAGCCCCCUGCUGCGGGAAACCAAAACAGUCCGUCAGAACCUCAGAGUGCCGCUCAGACACCACAGCUGACACAACCGCCGCCGCCGCAGCUCGAUAAAAGGCUCUCCACCGCAAGCACCAAUGGCCCGACGAGCGAGCAGAGCGCAUCGUCCACGACCAACACGGGCCCGCCCUCCCUCGAGGAGACAAGCGAUCAAGAUGCCGAUGCCGAGAUGGAAGAUGACGACAGCUUUGCCAUGAUUGGCCAGUCUCCCGCCAAGGCAGCCCAACCAUCCCAGGCUCAACAGCAGGUCCAGCAGCAAGUCCAGCAGCAAGUCCAGCAGCAGCAGGCUCAACAACAACAACAACAACAACAACAACAACAGGCUCAGCAACGCAACACGGCAGACAUGCGCUACAUGAUGCAAAAUGGAGCGGUCAGUCCCGCAAGCAGAGCGGCUAUGGCUAUGAACCGUGUCAUGCCCAACAUGAACAUGGCGGCAAUGCAGGCCGGUGCCAUGCAUGGAGCAGACAUCAGCAUGGCCAUGCAAGGGGUUCGUGGUGACAUGUAUCUGGAAUGA